GUGGGCUCUUCCAAACCAGCGGCCCCCCAUCGCGCUAACAAGCAAGUUGCCCCACACGCAGCUCGCAGCUCAGUUCGCGCGAGUUCCGACAUAACAAUAGGGACAAACUAUGCGGGAGUAAGCUGGCGAGCGUCAAGCACCGGAUACGUGAUGUGAGACUGACGUAGUACGUGCCUUUUUGGCGUUGUUGACUCCGUUCCGUUGGCCUUUUCGUCCCCGAGAGACCAGAAAAUCACCCAUCUCCCAUAUCCUCCCGCAGCGCUUGCUGCCCACCCCUCCUCAUUCAAACUUCGCACGAACCCAACGCUGAGUUGGUCUUCAUCUCUCACAUGCCGCUCCCUUCAUCGCCAGUAUCUUCUUCUCAUCGCGGCGUCCAAGGCCGGGCUGCCGCUGCCCCUCGCCCGCCCCUUACUACCGUCGUCGACAACAACGAACGCGGGCGCUCUUCUCGUCGUACGUCGACCGCUCGCGGGCGUAAAGCCUCCUACUCCUCCCGCCAGGGAAAAGGGCCCAAGAGAACUUCUGUCUCAGCCUUGGAGGAGUCAGACCUGGAGGACUCCGCGUCGGAGUUCCACCCCUCCGACUGCCAGGCGGACACAGACAGCGACGAUGAGUGCACGCUGGACACCCACGACGACCCGCCGAGCCCCGAUCUCCUGGCUAAGCCCAAGCGGAGGAAGCCGGGCCCGCCGAUGCGCUUCGUCGACGACAGCCCUCGCCCGUUCACGGACAGCCCUCGCCCGGUUACCAAGGACAGCGCCGCGGGCGACGCCGAGGCCGCAUCUCGCACCAGCGGCAUGAUCGGCGGCGCUCGGCGCUCAUUCCACCCCGGGGUGGGUGGGUCUUCCUCUCGCGGCGGGGGCAGGGCUUCUCAUCACCGUCCUCGUCAAGCUGUUGCUCGUACACAGCAGUCAGCACCGAGUUCCGGUGCUUCCCGCCCGCCUUCCUCCGCGGCUUCGACGACUGCUCGCCCCGCGACGACGGUCCAGCGUCCCACCUCUGGCGACACGGACGGACCUGGACACCGUGGGGAAGGCGGCCCUUCUCGCCGUGCGUCCGACCCCGGCAAGUCCGCUGCCGCCGGGGGGCUGUCGUCCCAGGGACGCGGCAGCUUCACGUCUUCCCGAGGGCGUGCCGUCGGCUACGCCUACCGCGAGGGAGCGGCACCAGCCACGGCGGGGGGAACUGCUGUCUCAUCUUCGGCCCCGCCCAGCUUCACCCGGAUCGGGGGAGGGUCUUCACACACGCCGGCAGGAGGCGGCGGACGUGUGAGCUCAGUGGCCAUCACCUCGGACAUGAGCGGCGAAUCAGUGUACCAGGCACUGGUUGCUGUGGGCAUCUCGCUUUUGUCCAAGGCGGCCCUCCUCGGCAUUCUCAUGUCCGCCGUGGCACCCUCACACGAGGAGUCACGCCAGCAUGUGGUCAAGUCCAACACGCGCAAGCACGAAAGAGAGCCGGUGAAGGGGGAGCGUCCGUCCAAUGGGAUCGUCGCUGCCAUCUUCUGCGUGUACAGCUACGCCUUCGUCGGCGCCGCGAAGGUCCAAUUCUCUGGGGGGCAGAAAGGCGACGAGACAAACAACGUCUUCCUCGCGGCGGUGUCGCACGUGUGGGUAGCGGCCCGGCAAGGAGACCCCGACUGGCUCGGCCCGUAA